UAUAUAAUAAUAUAUCAUCUUUAAAUUCUUCAUAAAAAUGGAAAUGCAAAUGCUAAAUUCCAUCAGAUACUCAACUAUUUUGACCAUUAUUGAAAUUUCUGACCAUGUUGAAAUUGGUAAAUUAAUUGGUCGUAAAGGGCGUAAUCUAAAACCCAUCGAGAAAGGGACUGGUACACACAUUUACAUUAAUACAAAAAUAAGUCCUCGACGAAUUGAAAUUAAAAUAAAUAAUAAAGAUAAUAAAGAUAGAAAUGAAAAUAUUUCGACUGAGGAGAGGAUCAAUAAAGCAAUAUGUCAGAUAGACAAGUUACUAGAAGAUAUUGAAAUAAGAAAUCGAAGAAAAGAUGUGGAAAAAGA